GCUCCUUCUGGUACUGCAUACAGUUGGGUACAUUGGGUAGUUAAUUUCUGCGCCGAAAUCGUUUAUAAUGCGUCGUAAGCAUCUUGUGGUAAACAACUGUGCAUGAGAAGAGGGAAAGAAGGCGCAGAAGGAGCUGGGUCUGACUGCAUCACUCCCCACUGACGGACGUUCCGCCACGUGCCGAGGAGACUCCAGCGAUGUGGGCCACCUCGCUGCUGCGAACGCUGGCCUUGCUGCUGGCGCUGGCGCUGGCCGGGGCUCUGGAGGAGGCGCCGCACCCAGCGACUGGCGCCAAGGCCAGCCAGGAUGCCGAGGUCGACUUCCUGAGCGUCAAGCUGGUGACGCACCCGCUGUGUGUGCAGGACAUUCACCGGCUGUGCGCCGGCGAUAAUAGCAUCGCGCUCAACGACAACACGCCCAACCUGGACAUCAUGAGCUGCCUGCUCGACCAGCAGGAGGAGGAAGAAGAUGCUGGGGUAUCUCCACAGUGCCACCACGUAAGCAUGCGCUAG